UUAUGCUCUUCCCCUCUUACUCUCUCACCCUCUCAUCCUCUCUGCCCCUCUCUUCUCUCGGGCCUGCUCUGAGCUGUGCCUGGCAGCUCCAAGCAGGGCCCUGCACCCAGGCCCUUUGCAAUAAACCGCAAGUUCCACGACCUGGCUGCAGAGAUCUCUCGUCUCCGUCUGUCCCGAACAUCCUACCCCCCGACACUCCUAGAAACGUGCUCAUCCCUUAUUUUCCACAAACCAGGAUUUCCCAUUGUGAGGAAGGCUGCGAGGAAGAGGAAGAUGCCCCAGGACACUGAUGCAGAGCAGGAGCUGAGCAUGGAGAGCAGGGAGGACAAAUGCCCGCGGCAGAACCUGGUGGAAGAGGCCGUUUUGAGCGGCUCCACGGCGCAGGAAGCCAACGGGGAGGAAAAGCCCCGGAGAUGCCGCACGAGGAGGGGCUGCAAACGCAGCUGGCAGGGAUCUGAGGGGGAAAGAGCCAGCCUGGGCUGGGAAGGCGGCCGGAGAUGGAGCCAGAGCUCGGAGCUGGUGCUCCAUGAGCAGCUCCAUGAUGGGGAGAAGCCCCACACCUGCUUGGAGUGUGGGAAGAGCUUCAGGAGGAACUGCAACCUGAUCAGCCACCAGAGGACCCACACUGGGGAGAGGCCCUAUGAGUGUUCGAAGUGUGGGAAGGGGUUUCCAACCAGCUCCCGUGUCCUCCAGCACUAUCAGAGUCACAGAGAGGAGAGGCCCUUCCAAUGCCCCGACUGCGGGAAGGGAUUCAAGCACAACUCCACCCUCUUCACCCACCGCAGCAUCCACUCAGGGGAGAGGCCCUGCGAGUGUCCCCAGUGUGGGAAGAGCUUCUCCAGCAGCUCUACCUUGGCCAAACACCAACGGAGGCACGGAUAAGGGAAGCCCUGCGAGUGCCCCGAGUGCGGGCAGAGCUUCGUGCGCUGCUCCAGCUCCAUCCCCCGCUGGAGGAGGCACCUUGGGCACAGCCCUGGUCACUCACAUUCCCUGUGAUCCAUGUUGGGAACACACCUGGCUGCUUCUCCUUUUGGUUUGGCCCCAAUUUGGAGCAGUGGGAUGGGGAUUGUGUGGGGCUGGGUGUGUGGGAUGUAUUUGACUGCAAAUAAAACUUUCAGAGUUACUGAUUCUGUCCUAUUUUCUGUAAGUUCUGUUUGCAGAGUGACGCCUUCUCAGCUGAUUUAAUUACUAUUAAAAUCCCUUUUUUAAAAUCUAACCCAAGCAAUCCAAAAACCAAUAUCCAAAUAAAGCCACUCACCCACAAUUAAAUUUUUUAAAAGUAAUUUUAUUUGUUUUAGAGUA